UGGUGUUAGUGCCUACCCUGUGGUUUGUUGAAGAAAGCAGUAAAAGGGUGUUGACUUGUCCACAACAGCACCCCUGGGCGCAGGGGCAGCUGGCCUGUAGAAGAUGCUGUCUGUUGAAUCCAGUUUUAACUUUGUUCCCCCCCCCUUCCACCCAGGUGAAGAUGGACAAAGACAAGUUCUCUGUGUUGUUGGACGUGAAGCAUUUUUCACCUGAAGAGAUGAGCGUGAAGGUGAUUGGGGACUACAUCGAGGUUCAUGCCAAGCAUGAGGAACGGCCGGAUGAGCAUGGCUACAUCUCCCGGGAGUUUCACCGCCGCUACAUGAUCCCCAAAGGUGUUGAUCCGGCAGCCAUCACCUCGGCCCUGUCUCCUGACGGGGUGCUAUCCAUCACGGCACCGACUACCCAGGCUCUUCCCGGAGUGGAGCGCAGCAUCCCCAUCAGCCGCCAGGAAAAGCCUGCCGUCACCGGAAAGUAAUAGGGUAGCAGCCUAGCUUGGCUUUUUGCUCUCUGUUUUUACCGGAAGCCAGCAAGCAUCUCAGGCCUGCUCUCCCCUCGCUAGUAGCUGCAAGGGCUGCUCACUCUUCACAGAAGUGACAUUCCCCUCUGCCCGCUCCCUGCUGAGGUUCUGGCAGCAGAGACUAUAUAUUGCCUCUAGGGUGGUGAUCCUUUAGUGCAAUUUCCCUACACUCCAGUAGGACCUUCCUGGAGUAGAGAUUGGGCCCUUUCUUCUUCUGGCUAGGAGUACCCUACUGUUGCAGGCUUACUCUG